CUAUAAUAAGUAAUAACUGACAAGGUGUCAAAAUAUUUAUGUUUAGAACUUUGUAAACAUCAAUAUAGUAGGUAGUCGUACAUUACAUUAAAUUAUAAUUAGGAACUGUCAUUAUUGGCUUCGUGGUAGGUAUAUAAAUAUUAUUUACGUACCUAUACAAUAAUGUCAAAAUAAUAAAAAUUAAUGUUCAAUUGUGUUUAACAUUUAUUAUUAUUAUAUUAUUCUUCAUAACAGUUUUAAAUCAAAAGUUAUAUUCAAUUUACAAUGUUGCCAUCUGUGUUAUUGGCCGAAUAAUACUCGUCUACAAGAUCUAAGUUAAAUGGCCACCAUAGUUGAACAGACUCCAAGUACAGCAGAGAAAACUAUUUCUCUGUUGGACAACAAACAUCAAAUAAGUGAAAAAGCAUUGAAGACAGUCGAUUAUUCUAGUAUCCGUGGAAAGGUAAAUUAUUUUUGAAUGAACAGAAUAAAAUGUUUCAAAAUAAUAACAAAGGUCAAUAUCGAAUUUGUAUUAAUGCCAAAUAGUAUGUUAGUCUAGGUGGUUUACUCUCUUAAUUUCUCUCAGAUCGAAAUAUUUAUAAAAAAAAGAACUGAUAUUGGGGACGAGCGGCCUCUGUUGUUGGUAGGAAGUUGAUAAGGUAGGAUAUAGAGGUGAAUUUAAUUUAUAUCAACGCGAAAAAUCAUUGUUUACAAAAAAUGAUUCUGAGCGGAGCCAGUCAAUAUUAUUGCUUUUUUCCCAGCUUUUUCAACAAUGUGUGUUUUCACAACAACAAUUGUUUAAAAAUGAUUAAACUAAUUAAAACUUAAUAAUAAAAUAAUUAUUAAUAACAAUUGCCAAUGACCACCUUAUUUUUAAUCUUUUUUAACCUAAAGAACCAGUAUUUCCUUAUUAUCUCAAAUAUUAAUGAGAAUUUUAAAAAUGACCUCUCUUAAGUACCAACUAGAGUCAAAAUGCAAUAAAAAUGGUCUCUUGCUAUUUUUUGAUUGGAACAAGAUUUCUAGGAGAAAAAUUGUUUACAAACAGAAAAAAAAUAUACAUAGUAAAACUAAUAGAUCCCUUGCUUCAUUCAGAAUCUAAAAUGAAUAAUAUUUUAAUUUGUUAUGUUAGAAACAAUAAUUGAAAUUAAUUAAUUUUUUGAAUUUUUUAGUCAAGUUUGGUGAGUCCAACGGAAGAGCAAUUUGAAACAUUGCAGCAUAAACUCAAAGAACUAAUUGAAGAAGGACAUGGAGAAACUAUAUAUAAUGUGGGUAUUGGUGAUGACGGUUGUGGCUUGACUAAUGAUGAAUUUGAAGCUUCUGUAGCUACAUUACAUUCAUUAGCUGCAACUCAAGAUGCAGACUGUGUUCUUCUUAGAGAAAAGCCAGAAGGAAGUGCUUGUACGGCACAGUACCUUGUUCGAAAACGAUUAGAAUCUCAAGAUUUUCUUGAAAUUAGGUAUUGAAGUAUUUAACAUUAUUUUGAAUACAUACAUUAAAACGUUAUUAUACAUUAUUAAUUUAGGGUAGCAGUUGUGGGAAAUGUGGAUGCUGGAAAAUCAACAUUAUUGGGUGUUUUGACGCAUGGCGAAUUAGAUAAUGGCCGAGGACAUGCAAGAUUAAAGUUGUUCAGACACAAACAUGAAAUGGAAUCUGGACGUACUAGCUCAGUUGGCAAUGAUAUUCUUGGUUUUGAUAGUACAGGAAAAGUUGUAAAUAGGCCAGAACAUGGAUCAUUAGAUUGGGUAAAAAUAUGUGAGAAAUCAACUAAAGUGAUUACCUUUAUUGACUUGGCAGGACAUGAACGUUACCUAAAGACUACUGUGUUUGGUAUGACUGGACAUAUGCCAGAUUUUGGCAUGUUAAUGGUAAUUUGAUGUAUAAUUACACAUUGAUACAUUUUUUUUAAAUUUGUAUUCUAUUCAGAUUGGAGCGAAUGCUGGAAUAAUUGGAAUGACUAAAGAGCAUUUAGGUCUUGCAUUAGCACUAAGUGUUCCAGUAUUUGUAGUUGUAACAAAAAUUGAUAUGUGUCCUCCUAAUAUACUUCAAGAUACAUUACGGUUAUUAGUUCGUAUAUUGAAGUCACCAGGUUGUAGAAAAGUACCAGUAAUGGUUAAAACAAAGGAUGAUGUCAUUGUGAGUGCUACUAAUUUUGUUUCACAGAGGUAUGGAUCUUUAUAAUUCUUAUAUAAUAUUUAUUAGAGUAUUUAUUAAAUUUUAAUAUUUAAUUAUUUCAAUGUUUUGUUUUUAAGACUUUGUCCAAUAUUUCAAGUGUCCAAUGUUAAUGGUGAAAACUUAGAUUUGUUAAAAAUGUUUUUGAAUCUUUUAACUACCCGUGUUAUGUCUACUGACAAUGACCCAGCUGAAUUUCAAAUUGACGACACUUAUUCUGUGCCAGUAUGUAUACAUUAUGUAUAUUAAUAUCAAAAGGUAUACUAAAUUAUUAUAAGACUAAUGGUUUUUUAAAUUUUAGGGUGUUGGAACAGUCGUUUCUGGUACGACAUUGUGCGGAACAAUCCGUUUAAACGACACACUUAUGUUGGGCCCUGAUCCUGUUGGCCAAUUUAUGGCAAUUACUGUUAAGAGUAUACAUCGUAAACGAAUGGUCGUGCGAGAAGUAAGAGCUGGACAAACUGCCUCAUUUGCUUUAAAAAAAAUAAAACGAUCACAAAUACGCAAAGGAAUGGUCAUGGUUUCUCCAACACUCAAUCCAUCUGCUACUUGGGAGUUUGAUGGAGAAAUACUAGUAUUGCAUCAUCCUACUACGAUUAGCUCUCGCUAUCAAGCAAUGGGUAAAUUAUAUUCAUAAUCAGUAAUGACAAUGGUGUUCAACAAUAUAUUUUUAUAUUUAUAGUCUUAUUAUUUUUUUUGUAGUUCAUUGUGGUAGUAUUCGACAAACUGCAUCUAUACUGAGCAUGUCUGAAGAAUGUCUAAGAACAGGAGAUAAGGCAAGAGUCAGAUUUAGAUUCAUUAAAUAUCCAGAGUAUUUGAGACCUGGUCAAAGAUUAGUGUUCAGGGAAGGUAGGACAAAAGCUGUUGGUAAUGUAUUAGCUGUGCCCCCUCCAACAGGACAAGUAGGUGCCAGGCAAUUACAAAAACCUCAUAAAAUCAACCCACAAGCACAAGUAAUUAAGAGUAGACAUAUCAAAUCUCUAAUCAAUCAUAAGUUGUUGAUUUUAUAUAUUAUUAUUCAUUUCUGUAGAAUUCUGGAGAAAAUGAAAAUCAACCUGCUCAGAAAUCAAGAAGACGAGGUGGACAAAAACCACUAGCAGAGCAAAACACAAGAACAAUAACAAAGUCAUAACUGUGAAAAUUAUAUAAAGUAUUAUAUAUAAUAUGUUUUUUUAUUUCAAAUGUUAUAUAAUUUUUUUUUUAAAUCUACUUAUAUUAUCUAAUUAUAAAGAAAAUGUUUGUUUACCAAUAUUCACGGGAAAAUAAAUUACGAUUUAAUAAAAUUUUAACAUUUACCUGUUUUAUUAUAAGAUAUUGUAUAUAAUAUUAAAUGUUGUAUAUUGGUAGUUUGAAACCCUUAAUUGUAAGUUAAGAUUAUAUGCUAGAAAAUACAAUGAUUAAAAACAACAAUAACUGAAACCAUAACCAUCUUAGAUUUACAUGGGGUUGCUAAGUAUACAUUUAUAUUUUCUGUAAACUUAGCUAACUAAGAUUAAAAUCGGAUAAUAUGUUUGUUAAGUUAAAAAUAAUGUAUUAAAUGUUAAAAAUUUGUUAUCUGUUCUUUUAUUAAUAUUAAUUAACUAUCUAAGUCAUGGGUUCCCAUCCUGUGAUAUGCGGAAAGCUCAUAGGUGGUGUGGAAAGACAUUUUUUGGUAAGGGAAAAAAAAUUUAUUAGCUAUAAUGUAGUUUAUUAAUAUAUAAAUAAUUACAUAUUUAAUUUAAAUGUUGUGCAUUAAAUGUUUAUAAGUUAAAAUUAUGCAAGUUUAAUAAUGUACACAGUUUUAGGGUCAAGUGUUAUGUAAAAAAUGUGUAAAUGAUAUGUGAAUAUAAAAAGGUUGGGAAUCCUUAAGGUAAGCCCUAGUUUAAAUCAUCCCCUUCAAAGAAUGACAUGUAUAUUUUUGAAAUUGUCAACAUAAAAUUAAAUUAAUUUAUAAUUAUUUCAUAAUAUUAUGUCACUAUACAUGUAAGCCCUACUUCUUAAUUUCUUAUACUUUCUAUCUGCUAUAUAAAC